UUGUAAAAAGAACGUUUCUGCAAUCACUCUUCCCACCUUCAGUUUUAAGUUUUCAUUCCAUCUUUCAUUUCAACCUCCGUUUCAAAUCAGUGAUUUUAUAUUACAAUUGCAUAAAGUUCCAAAGACCAUAGAAGAAGCUCCCUCCCUUUUCCUCUCCUUCUCUCUGUUUCUUCCAUGGCUGGUGGUCUGUACAACUCAAUCAGACCAUCGUCAUCUUCGUUUCAUCAGAACUUCUCUUCUAGACUUCUCCUUCUUCUCACAGUUCUGCCACUAACCCUUGCAGCCUUUGCUUUCAUUCUUCAAUGGAGAGGCGGUCUCAACGAUCCAACAACGCGUUGGUCUCCCGACAACCACCGCUUCCCUGGUGGUAUGGGAAGCUCGGCUCCUCAAGACGUUGUGCACUUGCCGGCUUCUUCUGAUUGCGUCGAGAUUCUGGGUCGGAGCUCAUCACCCUCAUUUCCUUACUAUCACGAUUGGAAAUUCAAUUACGAUGCCGAUCUGAAACCAAAGAUAUGUAUUACGACGAGCACUUCAGCUGGCUUGGAGCAGAUUUUGCCAUGGCUUUUCUAUCAUAAGGUUCUGGGGGUUACAACCUUCUUCCUAUUUGUGGAAGGGAAUGCUGCAUCUCCUAAUGUGUCUCAUGUCUUGGAAUCAAUUCCUGGUGUGAAAGUUAUAUACCGAACAAGAGAGCUGGAAGAGAAACAAGCCAGAAGCCGGAUUUGGAAUGAGACUUGGCUGUCAAGCUUCUUCUACAAACCGUGCAAUUAUGAACUUUUUGUGAAGCAAUCUCUCAAUAUGGAGAUGGCUAUAGUCAUGGCAAGGGAUGCUGGAGUGGAUUGGAUCAUCCAUCUUGACACUGAUGAGUUGUUACAUCCAGCUGGUGCUCGGGAGUACUCGUUAAGGCAAUUGCUCUUAGAAGUGCCUGGGAAUGUAGAUAUGGUUAUCUUUCCAAAUUAUGAGAGUAGUGUUGAACGAGAUGAUAUUAAGGAACCAUUCAGUGAGGUCUCAAUGUUCAAGAAGAACUAUGAUCAUCUUACAAAAGACGUAUACUUUGGUAUGUACAAAGAGUCAACCCGUGGUAAUCCUAACUACUUUUUGACUUAUGGAAAUGGGAAAGCAGCUGCUCGGAUUCAGGAUCAUCUCCGUCCUAAUGGUGCUCAUAGAUGGCACAACUAUAUGAAGACGCCAAAUGAAAUCAAACUGGAGGAGGCUGCCGUUCUACAUUACACAUACACCAAAUUUUCGGACUUGACUUCUAGGCGUGACCGAUGCGGCUGUAAACCAACGAAGGAGGAUGUCAAAAGAUGCUUUAUACUCGAAUUUGACAGAGCUGCAUUUAUAAUAGCUUCCACUGCAACAGGGGAGGAAAUGCUCCAAUGGUACCGAGAUCACGUGGUAUGGACCGAUAAAGCUCUAAACCUGAAACUUCUACGGAAGGGCAUUUUGACCCGGAUUUAUGCUCCUAUGGCCAUUGUUAAAGGUUUGAGGGAGUCUGGUGUUUUUAGCUCAGUGAUUGCUUCUGCACAAACAACUAUCUCAAAGGAGAAAUUUUUAUCAUCUGUGGAGAGCAGUAACUCAACCAGAGGAUCUGGUUCCAAAUUAAUGUCCUCGAGAAAGUUUGGGAGCAGUGGAGAAUCUCAGGCAACAGCAAGAAAGGUUUUGGAGAUCACAGACACUGAUUCUCAUAUGGAGGCAGUUCCACCAUUGUCUCCCCCAGGCAUGGAUGAUAUUGGCAUGGAAACAUUAUAGACCUCAUCUCAUGAUUGCUUCUUCUACCUCCUGUCCAUACUGAGGGCCUGAAAAUCACAAAUGUUUCAUUUGGAGGGAAGAAUCAGAAGAGUUGACAAGCAAUCUCUGGAUGGGGUUUAUUGAUGUUUAACUUCAUUGAAUCUUCCCGAUCAUUACCCAAGCGCUGGUGUACAUUUCAGGUUAGUUGAUAGGGUUAUAGUUGAGAUAGAUAGAGAGAGAGAGUAGAGAUUCUUAGCGAAGCAAGCGGUUCUCUUCCUUGGCCUAUUUUGGGCACUUUUGCUGCCCACUUGAGAUAGCAAUUGGAGGCCUCUACCUGUCUGAUUUUUAUGUAUAGUUGUACUAUUGAUUCUCCAUUUAGACAUUGAUGGUUAUUCACCCA